UCCUGGCGUAGGUUACUGCAUAAUCCAGAUGCUCGAGGAUGGAGUUGAGAGCUAUGUUGAUAAUGUCAUCUACAGACCUGUUGCUCUGUAGCCAAACUGCUGAAGGACUACUGGUUGAACUCGGUAGGGAUGGGUUCAGGACUGUCCCAUUGUCUUUCAGAGUGACAGUAGCACUCAUUCAGGUCGUUGGCCAUGCACAGGUCAUUAAUGGAGUGGUUGGCUUUUGGUUUGUAGUUGGUGAUCUGUCUGAGCAUUUUUCAGACAGAGGCAGAGUCAUUGGCUGAGGAAAAGGUGUUGAAGUGUCUUUAAUUGCAGUUCUUUCACCACCUUGCUAGACCUGUACUUUAGUUCCCUUAACCUGUCUCUGUCUCCACUCCUAAGCGCCUCCUCCUUCUCCAACCUUAACUGUCUGAAUUUAGCAGUGAACCAGGGUUUGUCAUUGUUGUAGCUCACCCUGGUGUGUGAUGGCAUAUAGCAGUCCUCAAGCCAAACACACCUGUACAUCCUUCACAGCCUCACUGGUCCACUGCUUUGAUGUUCUCACAAGAGGUUUAGAGAGUUGUAAUCUCUGUCUGUGUGUGCGAAUCAGAUCAUUUCAGAUUGUAUUGAAGUCCUAUAUUGUUUGACUCAUGGGAUACUGACUGCAUGUACAAGACUGCAAUUGGCUUUUCGUUUUAGGUAUUUGUCCUUUUCUUCUGCUAUCUGCAUGCUACUGUUUUUAAAAUUCUCUUCACUAUGGAAAACAACAACCUCCAGGCUAACAACCUACUUGACUGAAAUUUUCAAGUUGUGCUGAGAAUUUAGAUAUUGGAGUCAGGAAGCCCUGUGCUCGCCCCCUUUUGUGUAAAUUAAUCAGUUUUGAGGGAACAUUCAAGCUGCAUUCCUUGCUUAGCUCUGCCCAAGACCAUUUUAGUUGGUUUAAAGAAAUACUAACAAGCCAGUUUUCUUCUAUAGUCAAUAAUAGUAAGGUGCAGCCUGACCAUUAAGUAUAACAGAAAGGACUAGCGAAGCCAGUAUAUGCCCUACAUUAUUACUGGAUCACUUAACCAAUAAAUGAUAGAUUGUCAUACAAAUCAUUUUUGAUUAAUGUUUUAAACAUCCUUUCUGUUCAUCCUAUGCUACAGUUAGUUUUUAAAUGAUUGUAUUUGCAUGUUUAACAGCCACCCUUUUACUAACUGCUUCCUCCAAACUAUUGGGCACUUCUUUUUCAUGUGGCUUAAAACCAAAAUGUGCUCAGAGUGGUGACUUGGUAUUUGGUUUUGCAACUAGACUGAGUAGGUGCCAUUACACAUAGCAGGAGAAAGGGAUGCAAACGCUGGAAAGCAAUUUGGAAAUAGUGAUUAAUAGGGGUGCAACGGAUCAAAAAACUCACGGUUCGGAUCGUUUCGCGGUUUUGAGUCAUGGAUCAGAUCAAUUUUCGGAUCAGCAAAAGAAAAAAAAGACUAUCUUUGCACUGAAGUGGGUGCGCGAUGGGAUCUUCUAACGUGGUUCAAGCACGUUCAGAAUGUUUAAACCCCGUGUUUUGCAAGAAGAAAUAUGGCCUCAGGUCUGCAGCUAUAAACACCCCAAUAGCUUUUGUAAUUGCUUUAUCCCAGUCAGAUUCUGCAGCAAGGGGCCGUUUAAAUGCCACAGUGAUAAGCGGUUGUUGAGCAGCCUUCAUCUUGGCUCCUGUCACUGACACAUCCGGGUGAUGUCGCUUCGUAUGUGUGGUCAUGCUCGAUGUAUUUCCACUCUCAUAUGGCUUUCUCGUGCCACAGUGCCUACACACAGUUAUAGUUUUGUCCACCAUCUUUCUUUCAUCCUCACUGUAUUUUACAGGGAACCCAAAAAGCUCUCAUACGGGCGACUUAAAUGACGCAGAAGGUUUUUCAAGUUCCUCUGCUCCUUCGCUAGCCAUUACUACCGCUGCACUCAACUAGUGUGGAUUAAACAUGCACUCUCCAUGUGACUACAUACAACUUUUUUUCAUCAACCAAUCCGCAGACCACGAGCAUUCUGAAUCGUGGAGAGUGAUCCAUAUGGAUCAACGAUGAUCCGUUGCACCACUAGUGAUUAAAAUAUGACAUUGCUGUUAGUUUCAUCCAGCUGUUUGAUUCCAGUGUUUUUGCAAGUUGAUUGUGGUCAGUUAAAAUAACUGUCAAGCAAUUAUGUAGUCACUGUGACAGACCUAAUUGUGCCAUUAGCACUGCACCUGCCAACAUUUGUAUAUGUUGUAGGGUUAGGGUAAUUUGAAUAACCUUGUUCAAGUAAUUUAACACAGCCAUUGUCUGAAUAUUUAACCUGUGUUUAAUUUUUUUAUAUAAAGUAGGAGUUUAAUAUUUAUUUUUUGUUUUUUCUGUACCGAAAACGUACUGAAGCAUGACUUCAAAACCGAAGUACAUAUCUAAUGAUGUUUUUCUGUACUGUCGCCUCUACUUUAAAAUGCAUACAUUUUUGUAAUCAUAAAAAUGUUAUUACUUGACUUCCGCUGAGCGCAUCCAAGAUGGCGGUAUAAUACCGGAGACUCUCCUGGCUAGCUCGAAAAUAAAGCCCCUUAUAAAUAUCAAAGCAGUGUUCUUGAGAGAAAAAAUAACUAAAAUGGACGGGGCAAAAAGCAGGAAGACAGCGGGCAGACACAAAGACCAUGACGAGAGAAGGGAAACAGGGAUGUCAGGUGUCGGUAGUGAAGCUAGCGGGGACGCUAGCGGCGGAGAGCUAAAGCUACAUAUCACCGAGACUAUCCAGAGCCUGACCAGAGACCUUCAGAACGAGAUGAAAAGCCUGAAAGCGGAUCUUAAGCGGGAACUGGCGGACUUCAAAGACGAAUUUGGGAAUGACUUCAAAAAGGAGUUUAACAACUUCAGGUCGGAGGUAAAUCAAAAACUCCAAACUGUGGCCGAAGACGUCCGAGACCACGGGGCUAGGAUGAUCGAGGUGGAAAAACGCAUAGAAGAAGUGGAAUCGGCUAAUACGGAGUUGAAAAAUGCACUGCUCCACACUCUUAAACACCAGAAACUACUCCGAGCUCAGCUAACAGAUUUAGAAGGCAGGUCACGCCAUAACAAUGUGCGAAUUUACGGCAUUAAGGAAGGGGCAGAGGGAACUUCAAUGAUACAUUUUAUUGACAGUUUUCUGAAAAAGGAACUGGGGCUUGAAAAUAACACCGACCUGCAAAUCCAACGAGCCCACCGGUCACUCGGCCCCAAACCCCAAAACGAGGAAGUAUCGAGAUCCAUACUGGUUAAUUUCCAGAGGUACGAUGUGAAGGACAGGAUACUUAAGACAGCCUGGUCAAAGAAAAUCACCUUUGAAGGGAGAGCAGUCACGGUCGCUCACGACCUUCCCACUGAAGUAAAUAACAAACUCCGAGAAUAUAAAGACAUAAAGAAAGUCCUCAAAGAAAAACAAAUCCGCUUUCAGACCCCAUACCCGGCUAAGAUGAGGAUCCACUGGGAGUCCGGACCCCGCACUUACAACAACGCAGCGGAGGUACGCGAGGACAUGAACAAGAGAGGAUUCCAGGUGGAACCGCGGCAAACACCGGAGAUCAGCUGGGAGCAGCGCUUGGCCAGAAGCGUCCACUGGAACAGAGUGGACGGCGGCUGCUCUACACGGGCCCGGGAGAAGCUUGAGGCUUUCCGCCGUCAACCAGACUGACCAGAUGACAAAUGACCCCGUUUCAACUGGAUACCCCGCCCUCUCCCAAUUUUCAUUUCUCUGCAUCGAAGUCCCGCUUGUUCACAUAGAGAAUAUAUGAUGCAAGCCGGGAAGAGACUGAUUGAUUGCUGCUUAGAGACAGAAGGACUUUGUGUGAAGCAAAGAGGGGGCCCUUCUUAAAAUAGGACCUUUCCCCAUAGAUGUCAGGGCAGUGUAAGUCCCUGAGGCUGGAGGUCAGUGUUUGGUUAUUGUUUAUUGUUAUUGUUAUUGUUAUUGUUGUCACAGUACAAAUGUUUAAGUUGCCAGGUGUAAUUUGAAAAAUACAUAUGGGUUACAAUAAUUUCAAAGUUACUUCUUGGAACGUGAAUGGUUUAAACAGCCCAAUUAAGAGAAGCAGAGUGUUGUCUAAACUGAGAAAGGAUAAGAGUCAAAUUAUAUUCUUACAGGAGACACAUCUAUCUCAAUCUGAACAUGAUAAAUUGAAGAAUUUCGGUUAUAAAAAUACCUAUUGCAGUACUUAUAAAGCGGGCCGCAGGAGAGGGGUGUCAAUACUGUUACAUAAUUCAGUAAAUUUUGAAUUAUUUAAAAUGAUAAAAGAUUCUGAGGGAAGAUAUCUUUUGUUACAAUGCAAAAUUGAAGGCAGGUUGACGACCCUCUUCUGUGUAUACCUGCCACCACAAAGCAACCAAAGUGUUUUGAAAAAGAUUUUUGAUUUGUUAUCUACAGAAACGCAAGGGGUAUUAAUUUGUGCAGGAGACUUUAAUACGGUUAUAAACAGAAAAUUAGACUCCUCUAAUAGUAUGAGAAUUGUUUCCUCACAAGCUAAAUUACUGAGGAGAGGUAUGGUCGAAAUAAGUUUGGUAGAUGUGUGGAGGGAUUUACACCCUUUUGAUAAGUCCUACACUUUUUACUCAUCCCCUCACAUGGUAUACUCAAGAAUAGAUUUCUUUUUCAUGUUUCAAAAUGAUAGACACAGAAUUUUGGACUGUGAAACUGGAUCUCGGGACAUCUCGGAUCAUUCACCAAUCUACCUUACAUUAAAUUUAGAUAACAGACCAAAGAAAACUAUAUGGAGACUCAACACAAGUCUAUUAAAUAAUAAAUCAGUUGUUCAACAAAUAAAAUCUGAAAUCAAGACUUUUCUUGAGUGUAACGACAAUGGGGAAGUGAAUCCAAACAUUCUAUGGGAUACAUUAAAGGCAGUGGUAAGAGGCAAAUUGAUAUCACUUAGUACUGCACUUAAGAAAGCAAAAGAACAUAAUCUGAAACAACUCGAAAGUACUUUAAUUGAGUUAGAGAAAGAUCAUAGUGAAAAUCAGAGCCCUCAAACGCUAAAUAGGAUUAAGGAAAUUAAAAACCAAAUUUUGGAUAUAUAUAGGGAAAAUUUAGAGAAAAAAUACAGAUUUUUAAAACAAUCUCAUUAUGAGACUGGUCCUAAAGCUUCUAAACUGCUGGCAAAGAAAUUAAAGAAAAAACAGGUUGUUCAAUCAAUAUACAAAAUAAAAGACCUUAAGACGGGAAAGUUUCAUAAUAACCUAGAUGAAAUAGACUCAGUAUUUCGGACAUAUUAUGAAGGACUUUACACCCAACCCCAAUUAGAAGGCAAAGAAAAAAUUCAUAGCUUUUUAAACUCCCGAGAUCUGCCUUCAAUUGGAAAUCAGCAAAAUGAGUUCUUAACAAAACAAAUCACAAAAGAAGAGCUGGUCUCCACUUUGAAUAAAUUAAAAAAUAAUAAAUCGCCUGGAAGUGACGGUCUGCCAGCCGAAUGGUAUAAAGUCUUCAAAGAAGAACUGAUAGACACAUUAUUAGAUUCUUUCAACUGGACACUGGAGAAAAUGUCAACCCCUCCUUCGUGGAAUGAAACGGUCAUUUCCGUGCUCCCGAAGGACGGUAAGAAUAAAGUCUUGUGUAGUUCUUACAGACCGAUAUCUAUUUUCAACCAAGACUACAAAAUGUAUGCGUCUGUCCUGUCUAAAAGGCUAGACUCCUUCAUUCCAGAGUUAAUUGAUAGCGACCAAACUGGCUUUGUCCGAGGCCGCCAAGCGCACGAUAAUACAAGACGUGCUCUACAGAUAAUACAAAAUAUUAGAAAAACAAAAACAAAAGCUGUAUUAGUCAGUUUGGACGCCGAAAAAGCUUUUGAUCGCGUUAGCUGGGAGUUCCUGUUUGCAGCACUAAAACGCUUUGGGUUUGAUGAGAAAUCAAUUAAUUGUAUUAAGACUUUAUAUUUGGCACCUACGGCAAGAAUCAAGAUUAAUGGCCGCCUUUCUGACCGUAUUAAGAUUGAGAGGUCUACACAUCAGGGCUGUCCACUCUCACCGACCCUCUUCGCGCUUUAUAUAGAACCAUUAGCGCAAGCAAUACGAGAAGAUGAUAGUAUACAAGGGAUUAUAGUGAAAGGCAGGGAACAUAAGAUAGCCGUGUAUGCAGACGAUAUUUUGUUGUUUGUACGCAGCCCUGAUACUUGUCUACCUAUCCUGCUAGAUCUUCUUGCCAAAUUUGGUAAUUUUUCAGGAUAUAAACUCAAUAUUCAAAAAACACAGAUAUUGGCAUUUGAUUACACUCCAACUCCGGAACUGAAACAGGAACUUCCCAUUGACUGGUCUCAGAAAGCGAUUAAGUAUCUGGGAAUUUGGUUAACACACUGCCCAGACGAUUUAUACAAAAGAAAUUAUAUGUCAGUUAACAAAAUGAUUAAAGAAGACCUGAGUACUUGGUCAACUCCCUUAUUGAGUUUUAGUGCUAGGAUUGAGGCUGUGAAAAUGAUGAUUUUGCCUAGAUUGUUGUAUUUGUUUACAUCUCUGCCUAUCGAGGUGCCACCCUGCCAGUUUUCAGAGUGGGACAAACAGAUCUCUCGCUUCAUUUGGGGUGGGAAGAAACCAAGGGUGAAAUAUAGUUUACUGACCAGGAACAAAGGAGGAGGAGGAGGUAUGUCACUCCCUAACUUUAAGAAUUACUACCUCGCAGCGCAAUUGAGAAUAAUAGUCCUCUGGUGUGACAACACCUAUGAGGCAAAAUGGAAAGAGAAUGAGGAAGAAUGCAGGGGGACCCCAAUUCAAGCUAUGAUAGCAGACCACAGGCUGAUGUUAAAAUAUCAGGAACAUUUAUGCCCUUACACUGCCUUCUCCCUACACACCUGGUUUACUGUCGUCAAAAAAUUUUGUUUAUGGCCCCAGUUGAAACAGCUCAGGUGGGUGGCUUUCGAUACAGGGUUUAUCCCAAACCACUUAGACUCAAGAUUUAGGUUUUGGUCAAGAAAAGGAAUCACUACCUUCUUUAAAAUAAUGGAGGGUGGAAUAUUACAAAGUUUUAAAAAAAUACAAGAUAAUUACAAUUUAGAAAGUCAAGAUUUUUAUAGGUACUUACAGAUGAAACAUUAUUUUCAAAAGGAAAUCUAUGCUGCUGAGGUCUCAGUUCCUAAUAAAAUAAUUCAAGUAGUUACUCAAGCUUAUACUAAAACCACAAAAUCAGUAGUUUCAAGACUUUAUCAAGGUAUGAGUGAGAACUUGGGAAAUAUCACAGACCAGAUUAAAUAAAGAUGGGAGAAAGAACUCAAAGAGAACAUAUCUAGUCAUCAGUGGGAAAAUAUGUGUGAGACGGUUUUUUCUACUACUUGCUCGAUGUAUUGGCGUGAAUUCAGUUGGAAGAAUCUUGUGCGAUAUUUCAUCACUCCUAAAAUGAAACCUUUUUUAGAAAAGUCUCAACAAAGAUGUUGGAGAGGCUGCAGUGAUGAUAAUGAUGUUGAUGCAAAUCACUUCCACGUCUUUUGGAGUUGUCCUAGGAUUCAUGUAUUUUGGGAAAAUAUCUGUAUAUACUUACAACAACUAUUUGGUAAACAGAUCUCACUAUCAUGUUCGAUUCUCUAUCUGGGUGACAUUCCAGCAGGGAUGAUGAGCAGUGACAAAUACCUUCUAAAAAUUUUGACUGUUGCGGCUAAAAAGGCAAUUACUCGCAAAUGGCUACAGACUGAUCCGCCUACAGUGGAUGAAUGGCUUGGAAUUAUUGAAGAGAUCCAUGAGAUGGAAAGGCUGACCUUCCUGCUGCGGUUGAAAAGUGAAUUGCAUGUCGCAAGAUGGUCAAAAUGGACAGCUUUUUUGCCUAAAGUGAAAACAUAAAGGGUAUAUCUUUUCCCUUCCCCCUCUGAGAUAUGGCUCCUCACUUUGUCUAUGUACCCUUCCGUCCAAGAAAUAUAUGUUAGGACAUUGAACUAUACCCUGAUGUAACCUAAAAAACUUAUUUGAUGGAGAUAUAGCAAUGACUGUUAUGUACUGUGACUGUUGAAUAUGUUAUACUAUAUAUUAUAUAUUGUACUCAUUCCUUUUAUAUUAUUUGUCUUUUGUUGUAAAGAGAAAAUAAAAAUUUUAAGUAUUAAAAAAAAAGAAAAAAACGUUAGUGUUUGUUUGUUUGCAAACGGGUUUGAUUUUGUUUUCAUAUCUGAAUCUUAAUCACACCUGAAUAGAGCGUUUAAUUAAUCAAAUAUUCCUCGUGUGUCAUGUUUCUCCUCGGUCAGAUUUAAGCGCGUUAGGGCAUAUUGAAUGGGUAUAUUAUAAUGUAAAAGCGUUGCGAAUCCAACGCUAUAUUUUGCAUUACAUCGUCCCAUAUUUAUAAUGUAAUGCAGGGGUCGGCAAUUAGAUGUGGCUUCGGGCCAAAAUUUGUGUAAACAUCAUUCGGCCGUUUGACCGAAGGGCCGGUGCGCUGGUAUGUAUUAAAUAAUUUUGCAUAGCAGGUAUCUGAUGCCUAUAUAGCUCAGCAAGUUAAGCAGGCGACUCCUGUACAGGAGCUGGUCUCUGAUGCGGGUUCGAUUCCAGUCUGCUGUAUUAUAAUAUUAGGGAAAUUUUUCAUACACAAAUGCAGAUUUCUAAAAUGUAAACCUAUUUUUAAUAUGUUUCAUAAAGAAAUGUCUCUAUUCUUCUCAUCACUGAAACAUAAGAAAAAAUGGACUGCUGUAAAACUUUUUAACAUGAUUGAAGAUAUCAAACUCAUGGACAACCCCUAACCCAUUGGACAUUCAUGCGGACAGACUCCUGUUUCAAUUUUAAAAACAAAAACAAAAACAAAACGUGCAGCACUUCGGCACCUUUCUUCUUUGGUGGUGUCUGUGUAAAACAAUGUCCAACAUGCAAACAGCACACCUAGCACCAUGAAGCACAAAAUGCAGGUAGGUCAUUCCAGGUGAAAUGACCAGAUAUUCCUUGGGGGUGUUGCUACACCAUCUUCAAAUUAGUCCUAAAUUUGCAUGCCAUUAGAUAGUCACAAAAGUACUUUCUAUGCAAAAUUGUAGGCCUGUAGCUCAAAUAGUUUCUGAGUUGUGGAAAGCAAAAAAACAUUUUGACAUUACCCAUGCCAUUUUGAGUAAGAAUAUCUCAGUAACUACAAAUAUAACCUUGCUGCUUUUUUGUACAGUGAUAGAAGACACUAAUUUGAAAAUGGUGCGGCAACCACCAUCUGGUAUAUAUAUAUUAUAUAUAUAUGUAUAUAUAUAUAUAUAUAUAUAUACCGUAUUUUCACGACCAAAAGGCGCACUGUACCAAAAGGCGCAGUCUCAGUUAUGUGUGCCAUUACUGUAUUUAACACACACAUAAGGCGCACCUGAUUAUAUGGCGAGGGUUUUAUAUACAAUCCACGUCGGCCUUACAACAACAACACACACACAAGCAUACAAGUGUGCGUAUUUAAAAAUAGAGCGGGAGCAAAACUGAGUUUGGUUGUGCUUUAUUUAAGUAUUGAUUACAAAGUACUAACAUUUUUUAAAUCAUCAAUAGUCGCGGGCAUGGUAAAACAGAUAAAACAAGCACACAAGUGUGCGUAUUUAAAAAUAGAGCGGGAGCAAAACUGAGUUUGGUAUUCACUUUUUUUUUUUUUAACCGGUAAUCGUCAUCAAUCAAACCCAUGGAAGUCCUCAUCCUCUGUUUCUGAAUUGAACAGCUGCGCUAAACCUCCAUCAAACAUGCCAGGUUCACUUUCUUCACUGUCAGAGUCACUUUCCGUGCCGUGCGGCGCCUCGGAAAUGAUGCCGGCUUUUGCGAAAGCUCGAACAACAGUGCCAGCAGACACGUUAGCCCAAGCAUCUACAAUCCAUUGGCAAAUUGUGGCGUAACUCGCCCGGCGCUGCCUUCCACUCUUAGUGAAACCGUGGUCUCCAUCGGUCAUCCAUCGCUCCCACGCCGCUCGCAGCCUUACUUUGAACGGCCGGUUCACACCGAUGUCCAGCGGUUGGAGUUCCUUUGUCAGGCCUCCCGGAAUGACAGCAAGCUCAGAGUUCAUUUGCUUCACUUGUUUUUUCACAUCGGCUGUGAGAUGGGCACGCAUAGAGUCACAGAUCAACAGCGAUGGUGAUGCGUGGAAAAAAACACCUGCUCUACGUCCGCCUUACAACAACACACACAGGACGCACUGCACCAUAGGGCGCGCCGCACAAUUUGAAGAAAAUCUAAGACUUUUAUGUGCGCCUUAUAGUCGUGAAAAUACGGUAUAUAUAUAUAUAUAUAUAUAUAUAUAUAUAUAUAUAUAUAUAUAUAUAUAUAAAAAAUAUCAUUUUCUGACAUAUCUUUUUUAAUAUAUAUGUAUGAAUUAUAUUGAUAGUCUAUAUGUGAUUUAUAUAAUAAUUUUCUCUGAUAUAUAACUUUUAUCUAUUAUAUAUAUAUGUGAAUGAUGAUGAUACUCCAUCUAUGAUUUAUAUCACUUCUAUCUAUUGUUUUAUAUAAAAAUAUGUGUUCAUUAGUCAGUAUUUUGUUUAUAUAUGUAUAUAUAGCGUAAUCAUAUAUUGUCUCUUCAAAUUAUUAAAAUAAUUGACUUUACUGCCAUUAUCUGCUUCUUUAACAUAUAUCAGUGUGUGUGUGUUUACAAUGUUGGCAAAAUACCUGUCUACAGUCGAGCUUAAUAUCAGAAUAUUCUAUUACCUAUUAUUAUUAUUAUCUAUUAUUCCCGCUAUGAAUAUUACUAUGUUCAGCACCCCAUUGAUUUACACCUGCAUUUUGUGCUUCAUGAUGCCAGGUGUGCCACUUUGAUUUUGGGGUGUCUUGAAUUUAGUCCUCCUGGGGGUUGAUCAUUUUCAUUUCCAUCAAACAAUGUGGCAUUUUUUCAUUCCUAACACAUUAUCCAGUCCAUAUCAAUGAAAAUAUCUAGUUUGUUUUUUCCCCACAUUGAAAUAUGAUGUGUUUUCAAAGUGUUCCUUUAUUUUUUUUAGCAGUAUAUAUAUAUAUAUAUAU